AUGAACCUCGACACCUUUGAGGCACACGUCGGCAAGGACGACGAAGGUGACAUCCGAGAAGAAGAUGUCGGCAAGGCAAUGCCAUCCAAGUUCCACCAACGCGAGCACAUUGCCAUGGUUUCCUACAUCAUCCCCAAGAACACUGAGGGAUUGAUCACUGCCACAGAGAUCCAUGCUCCCGACCUCAACGUUGCCCCCUUGCUGUCAAAUCGCAACGACCUCGAGCUCAUCAAGAAGGCCAAGCCAUUCAUCUCCCCAAGGGGCAGGGCGAUGGUGAAGGUCAAGCCCAAGCAUGAUGAGGAGAUGUCGAAGCGCACCAGGAGACGUCGGAGGCAGCGUAUAGCGAACGGCACCCAGCUGACACUGCCUGAUGGCCCACCUGCUCAAAAUACCGUGGAGUUGUUGUUCAACAGUGGCGUCACACUCCCCGAGGAGCUGAGGGACAACAUCAAGGACACGACUGACACUGCCAAAGAGAAGGGAAUCCCAGUAUGGGAGCACCUACUCGACACGCUUGAUGUGACAGUUGGUCGUCGUCCCCGCGCCAAGUCUCUCACCACAUACCGCACCACCGAUAUGCAAGGCUUCGACCGCGAAGAGGUCAGCGCGAGUCUGCGAACUACCGCGAAGCAGCACGUCGCCGACGCAAAGCAAGAGCUCGCCAAGGUCUUCUACCCGAACGGAGACCAAAUCAUGAUCGAGCUUCACAAGUUCCUCGCCUCCCGCCCCCAUUGCCGCGAUGAGAACGGUCAACUGCUUCCCGCCAAGAUCAAGGAGUUCCGCGACUGGCUCGUGUACAGCCGAAAGAUGCUGACCUCCGUCAAGAAGGUUGAAGAUGUGAUAUGCCAAGAGCACCUGGUCGUGUCUACAGGUCUUAUACCAGUUACUCCGCUGCGCCUGAUCGAAGAAGAUCUAGAGAAGCUCAGGCCCCAGGAAGACAAGGAGCCUCACGACGACGACAUGACUCCGAAACAGCGCCUUGAGAAGCGCAACCGCCGUCUGGCAGAGAAGGCCGACGCUUUCCGCCGCAUCGCGCGCCCCAUCGAGAACGUCCACCAGAAGCCCGCCAUAGCCGAGAAGCGCGAGCAAAACGAGGAUAACUACGCCCGAUUGCAGAUCACUGUAAACCCCAACGUCCAAUCACACAUGGCCAUCCGCCACACUGUCAACUACCGCGACGAAGCAGUGCCCGAAGCGCAGCCAUGCCACAAAUCACGCAUCGAACUCACCUACCUCAACACCUGCGGCCCCCGCGACGACGACAUGGAAGAGACACAAUACGCCACCACUCACCGAGUGGUUGAUGUCUCAGAUAAGGCAUGGCAGUCAUCACUGGAAAAGAUCUUCCCACAAACGACAAAGGUUAAAGACUACUACCGAAACCUGUAUGGAUCGAUCCAGGUUUCCGGAUCCCGACUGUACCUCGUCACUAUCAAGUUGAACGGAAUGGACAGCACAACCAACCUCCUCACCGAGAACCGGGAUGUUCCCCCUCUGGUCAAGGACCUCCGCAUCGUCGCAAAGAUACCCACAAUGGUAUUCAUGCUCCUCCGCAACAUCUCACUGCCCAGCCAGAUCGAAGGCCUGGUCCAAGAGUUCAAGAAGCUGUGUCGAUACGACCCUUUGAACGACUUUUUUAUGGAGCUCCCCAAGUUCACGGCAAUUCCACAGAUUCAGUACGAGAGUUGGAAUGACUGCAAGCGACAGACUGGCCUCGCCGCGCUCAUCGAACAGCGCUCCUCGGUGGAAGACCACCACUACACUGCCAAAGCCGCAAUGGUCCCAGUACCUGCCACGCAGAAAAAAGACGCAAAAGUUUUCAUGGCAUACCACAUCCAAGCUGUGAUCGAGCGAGAUCAAACAAAGCCCCGUCUGAUGCCCGGCGAUCCCGUCAUGAUCGACCUGCACCCUGACUCUGAGAACUCGUCGGAUGAGAAUGCAUGGCACGGCAAGGUCACCCACCCAACGGGGGCCACACCAAUGGGGAUGACCAACAUUGUCAUCGAGCGUCCCUGCAAGGACGAAAGAAUCGUCGACCUGAAAGAGUACAGCACUCUGACAGCGUCCCAUCUGGAAAGAAUAACGACCGCGGAGCUCGUCAAGUGGACACGUGCCAAUUGCAACCGGAAGAUCAUAAUAUCUACCCGAAAGAAUGAGAAGGAGUGCAAGCGCAUCAUGAACAACAUUGCGAAGAUGGAAAUCCCUGGAAAACUGAAGGAGAUCUACACUGAGAAGGAGCGACGACUGAGCGCCGCUCGAAACCUCUUCCUAUGCAAAGACCACACGCAGUCCGAGGCCACUCCAUUGUACCACAGGCUCGGGGAAGAAUUCCGCGAGCAAGUCAUAGGCUACAUCAGACCGCUCCUCCGAUCACAUCAGCUGGACCAGUUCAACGAGUGGUUGUGCAAGGGAACCAAGGACAAUACCCUAUGGAUCAACGGCCCGUCUGGCUCCGGCAAGACAUACCUAGCCAUCCUUACCAUGCUGCCGUACAUGGGCAGAAUCGCGGUUCCCGAGAACAUCGUCAACACCAUGCGACACGAGAAGAAGGCCAAGGAAGAAGCUAAGGCCGCCGAUGCUGUGAAGCCGGACACCAAUGAGCCCGCCGGCAAGGGCAAGGGCAAGAAGAUCGAGGUAGACAAUCCCGAGCCGCAAAAGUCCAACGAGAUGGUCGUCGAGCGCGGUCGCAUCACCAUCGCCGCAAUGCAAAACGAGACAGUCGAUUCGCAAUACGAGCUCUGCUGUCCCAUGGCGAUGGAGUUUGCUAAGGCGACAGGUCUGCCUUGCCCGCUAGUACUCCGCCUACACAGCAAGGAGUCGGAACUGAGCGCUGUCCAAGCCAUGACCCACCCAACAUACAAUCCCAACGGCAAGAGCACUCGGUUCAGCGUCGACCCCAAUACGAAUCUCACGAACUCUACCCUACGUUCACUGCUCGCCGCUUACAUCGCCGCAUUCACUGGUGGCAGCCCCGGCAUCGCUGACCUCCGCCUCAAGCGCUUGGAGGGUGCGGCAGCUACUUACAUCAUGGAGAUGGCAAAUUUCCCUGAGUUUCCCGCUUCUCCUGAGCUGCGCGCUGCCUUUUCGCCUUCAGAGCGCGACAUCUGGGCAAAGGAGCUUAGGAUAAUCGUUAGUGCAUACCGAGAUCUCUGCAGCAGCGAGGAUACCAUCGACCUCGAGACAAAGGCCAAGAUCAAAGAGGUGACCAAGCUCGCCCUGGACGCAUUGAUCGAGCGAGCUUCCAUCAUCUGCACAACUGUGUCGGUCGCCACACACCCAUCGUUCAACAUGAUACGCCGCGCACACGCCGUCGCCUUGGAAGAAGCCGGUCGAGCCAACGACGCAGAGACCAUGGGGUUCUUCUCUCACUACUGGAAUGUCGAUUUACGCUUGUUCUCCGGUGCGACAAACCAACUGAAGCCCAUGGCUUUUAGUGACUCCAAACUGAACCCGUUCCACAAGACCGCUCAGAUUUCCACCGCCGGUCGCAUCGAAUCAACCGGGGGUAGCAUUAGCCGCCUAAACGCAUCCUCGCGCUUCAAGAACUAG